ACUGAGACCAAAUGUUAGUUUCGAUACACGCAUUGAAUGAAAGUCGGUGUAGCAGGCUGUGGACUCUGAGCAUAUCUGCACACAGUCAAGUAAUCUUACAGUUUAGACCAUAAAGCAGCAGGUGAGACUGUAUCAGCAGAGAAGAGCUUACACAUUGGCAAAAGAUAGGUUGGAGGCAUUGGUGAAGGGGGAAGAUACCGGCGCCGUCUUUCUCUGUGUCUAGGACCAGGCUGUGUGUGGCAAUGCAGCGGGUCACGGCGCAGCUUGUCGCCGGGCUGUUCGCAGCGGUGCUGUCGCUGCUGGCAGAGGGGUGUUUGGCGGAAGGCGGGGGCCCCAGCCUCGCUGAACGAGUCAUCUGGGCUGUAAAUGCCGGGGGUGAAGCACAUGUAGACCUGCACGGUAUUCACUUCAAAAAGGACCCGUUGGAAGGGAAAAUUGGUAAAGCCUCCGAUUAUGGGGUGCGUCUGCCAAUCCUGCGCUCCAGUCCAGAGGACCAGAUUCUGUAUCAGACAGAGCGCUACAACGAGGACACUUUUGGAUAUGAUGUUCCCAUUCGUGAGGAAGGAGACUAUAUACUGGUUAUGAAGUAUGCAGAAGUUUACUUUGCCCAGUCGCAGCAAAAGGUGUUUGACGUCCGUCUGAACGGCCAUGUGGUGGUGAAGGACCUGGAUAUCUUUGAUCGAGUAGGUCACAGUACCGCUCAUGAUGAGAUAGUGCCUUUCUCUAUUCGACGUGGCAAGCUGAGUGUGCAAGGAGAGGUGUCCACUUUCAACGGCAAGCUCACUGUGGAAUUCGUAAAGGGUUAUUAUGACAACCCCAAAAUCUGCGCACUCUAUGUAAUGAAGGGGACAGUAGAAGAUGUACCAAAACUUCAGCCUCACCCUGGCUUGGAGAAGACUGAAGAAGAGGAGGAGGAAGAGGAAGAUAGUGAAGGAGGCGAGGAAGGUGGAAAGAAAAAAGUCCCAACAGGUUCUAAGAACAGGGUCCAGUCAGGCCCCCGAACACCAAACCCAUACGCAGCUGACAACAGCAGCCUAAUGUUUCCCAUCCUUGUGGCGUUUGGGGUGUUCAUCCCCACGCUGUUCUGCCUCUGUCGGCUGUGAGCUAAAACUAGCGGUCGAGGAGACGUCACGAGGACAAGACGGACAUGAGACUAUGAAGAGAGAGAGGGAGUGAAGGGGGGGAGGGGGUCAAGGUGACAACAGCAGCACAGGUUAAAGCAUACAUGCGGGAGAGAGCUGAAGGCUUAGAGAAUAUCAAGACGACGGAAGGAACAAAAAGAGACAAUAACUUUUCGGAAAGCCACUGCAAGAUGAAGCAAACACUGCUGGUGAAUUGUACCGUUGAGGAAACAGAAGGAGAUGUAGGAAGUGUAUGCUGUGGGCUUCUUUGAGAAUGUGUUUCGCAUCCACCUCUGCUGACCGUUUUGAACAAUGUUAGUCAUUUCCACUCAAGAGACUGGGCAGGAUUUACAGAUGCCAGUCUUCACGGUUUAAAGCCACAUCUCAGCAGCUAAGUGAUGCUCAGGAGUGAUUGGUCUGGGCCCGUUUUCUAACCUGAAAAAACAAAGCUUUGUUUUGUACCAGGUGUGGGAAGGAAGCACACUCUGUUUAACACUCCUGCUCAGCAUCUGGUCAGACAUGUUACCUUCAAAUUGGAAAUGGUGCUGCUUAGAUAUUGGUUAAAUAGAAUAGAAACCAUGAGUCAGAUGGUUAGUGGAAAUACAGCUGCCAUUUGAGAGGCUCCCAUUUUUCUCAGCUUGUUGCAUUUUUGUGUCCUGCAUUGGUGUGCCAUCAUCUGUUUGCCAUAACAUGCUGAAAGAGGAAAGAAAUUGGUGUUGAACCAGCUCUGUGGCUGGCGGAAUUAUUUGCUGUCUUCUGUCUAACUCGGCUUGCCUUUACAUAAAUAUAGGUUGGGUUUCAAAAAUUUGUUAUUUAAGGGCCAUAAAAAGUGUCCUCAUCAGUGAUCACAAAUUUAAAG